UUUUAGUACACUGCUCCGUAAAGACAUCCCGUUGUCGAUUCGUUGGCGCUAGCGUUCCGCGUUUCGUGUGUUGUGUCUUUCUGUCCAGCUGUGUUUUCUGAGCGGUGUCGUCUCCCCGGAACCUAUUAUCCGUGUUGCGCUUUGCUGUGCCCAAUAGUGCUGGUCGAUCAGUUCUAGCGAAAAAAGAAAACGUGAAGGGAUCGCCGCCAUCACCUGUGUCGAAGUGCACAACAAGGCUCCUCCAGCAGAACCGGAUAUUGUUUCCUUGGUGCAAACCCGCGCGUUCUUCCCAGCGCAGCCAACCAACGCAGAGCCACACCUCCGAUACACGGUGCAUAAACUCUGCUGCGCGUUCGACUGUCGUGGGUCAGUUCCAGAGUUCGAUAGCAAGCCAUCAGGAAGCAUCACCACCUCGUCACAUCGGAAUCGAUAGCAGCGGUGCGAACUUGUGCGUUUCGGAUUACGUGUCGAAAGUCAACCGCCUCGACGGCCACCCACGUUCUCGAACUACGCCACCACCCACUGGACAACAAUUGUACCCCGGUAGAGAACUCGGCAGGAGAAACCUUUCGGAAGGAACAUUGAACGGUUGUCGAAUUGCUGCCGCCACCGCUACUAACCCGUUCGCUUUCGGAGAAUCUGCCCGCCUGCAGUUGUGGGAAGUGAAAAUCGAUUUCUGGUUUCUGGUCGGCUUGUGCAGUCGCCUAUAAACAAGUGUCUGCUCUCGUAGCUAGGGCGUGUGAGCUGCAUCCGUGUUAGAUUUCGGUGGAAAAUUCCAGUGCACUGAAGAUACGGACGACUGGGGUGUGGAAGUUUUGUGGUUUUCCGAUUUUGGAAAGUGUUGGGAAAUUGUCCUUGAGCUGGUGAUUGUGGUGAGGGAAGCGUCCCCAAGUGGUGUUCAUUGUUCCGAAGAAGCGGAUUAAAUGCUGACAACGUCAGGGUAGUGUGUCAUAGUUGGAAGAAAUAGUUAUUUGAAGUGUUUAGAAUAACUAGACAUCACGAGCGCUGUCAAGAUUUUAAGUCGUUGUUGACGUGAAGUAGUAGUCCACAAAUUGUAGGCGUAUCGUGUCCAGACGAGUGCUGUCGCAGUUGUAAAGCCGAGAAGAAAACCAGCUGACACCCCGAAGUCAAGACUAUAUCAGCAAGAAAGGAAUAUUAUUCACCCAGCUGAACGUAGACUAAUUGUAAACAAUAACAAACGUAGAUUUAGAUUUUGAACUCGCCAUAUAAAAAACAACAAAAAAUCAAUCGGAGCGUACGACAAAUUAUUUCCAGUGAACUUGCACCAACUUGAUAAACGUGCAUUAUUUUGCUUCGGACUGACACGACGGUGCACAAUAGCAAGCAAAAUCACAAUGAUUGAUCUCGUCUAGGAAAGCAAACCCCUGUGUUGAUAUUUAUACUAGUUUCUAAUUGUCGGUCACCAGCCACAUAAAGGUGACCAAGCUUGGACCCGGCGACAACAUUGCACGCGAGCGGAGGGCUAGGAAUCAAAUUUUCUAGCGGACACAUCCCGACAAGUAGGAAAGAAAAAGACUAGCACAUACACAUUCAGAAUGGUGGAUUACUACAAAGUAUUGGAAGUGCCCCGGAACGUAUCGGAGGCCGAAAUCAAAAAAGCAUACAAAAAACUAGCGCUACGAUGGCACCCGGAUAAGAAUCCAGAUAAUCCAGACGAAUCGAAUAGGCGAUUCAAGGAGAUCUCAGAAGCAUACGAAGUACUUUCAGAUGCCUAUAAACGACACAUUUACGACACCCGAAACGCACGGAAGAGCGCCACUGCCGGAGAACGGUAUACCUCCGGGGGCGGUGGCGGCAUGCGUGACAGCAGCAAUUACUCCGCCUAUACCAAUCGGGACUACAGCAGUGGAAAGUACGGUAGCCACUUCGACCAUUGGUCCUACGGGGGGCGGCACGGUACCGGCGGGACACGGUCCUACGGUGGGUCCGGGGGUCGCGAGAACAGCCGUACGUUUUCCUUUCGAGGAUUUUUCGAGACGACGCCGUUUUUCCGCUUCUUUGAGAAAAAACGUCGCAUAUAUGACCAAUACGGCAAGGAAGGUUUGUUGAACAACGGUGCUGACCGAUACCACCAGAGCAGCCGACACCGGCGGCACAAUGGCGGUGGCAUCCAUGACGAAUUCGACAUCUUCGGAGGAUUCCCGUUCACAUUCCGCGACCCGGAGGAGGUAUUCCGGGAGUUCUUCGGUGGAUCGCCGUUUGAGGAGAUUUUCAGGGUGACGUCCCACCACAAUAACGGGCGCCGAACGAACGGUGCAGCCAAUGGACAGCGACAUUCCCACCCGCAGAACGUGAUCAGCUCGCCCUUCAUGUCCCCGUUCAUGAGCUUUAACCUGAUGGACGACUUCUUCAACGCGGAUCAGAUGGGACACCGGGGCGGUGGUGGCGGUUUCACCUCGAUAUCGGAGUUCAGCGUCGGUAGCGGACCGGUGAAGCGAACGUCCACCUCCACCACCUUCGUCAACGGCAAGAAGUUGAUGACUAAGAAGGUGUACGAGAACGGCACUGAGACGAUAAUGUCCUACGAGAACGAUGUACUGAAGUCAAAGACUGUAAACGGAGUCGCUCAAGCUAUAUCCAGUUAUAACCACUAGGGCCGCUGCAGCUUUAGCACUUACUGCAAAUUACUAUUACUACCACUACUACUAGUACUGCUAGCACUAUCUGUUGCAUCAAUUUUGCUCGAGUAGGAGAGUCAGGUAGGACGAGUGUGGCGGCCGCAAUUAGCAUUAAUUGAUAACACAUCCCUUAUUACGUAUACAUCAAUAACAACCAAGUAGAUUAGUAACCCCGAAAUGGAGCAGGCACUGCGCUGUUGUAUGAGGCAAAUAGGCAGGCAUAUUUGCUUGGCGUAGGUGCGGUCAUUUCCGUUUUUCGAGGGAUCUUUAUUUUUGAAUUAUUUUUCGUGUACAGAUUGAACCAGUCGGGAGUUGAUGCUCCCAAAAGUCUGCCAUGAUACCAAAUUUUGCAGCAGCGGAAAUUUGUGACAUAAGUUGUUAGAAAAUAAUGCUUAGGAUUAGUUUACACAAUUUACACCUUCCGAAGGUCACGUCGAAGAAGUUAUUGUACUGAUGAUACAUUCAUACCCAAUGCCGCACAUGCACUUGGAAAUGCCCCACAGUAACAAAAAAAAAAAACAAUCGAACUGAGCAAAAUUGAGGAGAACUAAUACAGAAAAAAUAAUUUGCUGUGUAAAAUAUUCGAUGCUAUCUAAAUGACGAGAUAUAAAAAAUCAAUAUAUCCCAAAUAGCUUUAGAAUGUAUUCACUUCGACCGUAAGAAGAGAAUAAAAAUAUGUUAAAAUAA